AUGGUGAAGCCCAAAGUGCUGUUCGCGGCCCUGAUCGUUCUCCCAUUCACCUCGGGAAAAUGGACUAACGGCCGCUCGGUACACGUCCCAUUGGGAUCAUUGUUUAAUAACAAGGCCUUCGGCGCAUCUCCCGGUGAAGCAUCACUUAACAUCCUCAAUGAAUCCUAUCCCGCCGACCCGGUCGGGGUCGAUGGCGUGUACCAAUCCACCGACACGGGCAUCUCAUACCUCUUCCCCGGCUACAAUCCCGACAAGACCGCUAAGGACAACGUCAUCUGCGCGGGGCAGACAAUUGACGCCGACCCAUCGGACUCCUACUUUGCGGCUUCUAUGCUCCUUGUGUCGGAUACGCGAUCGACUACUGUCUCGGGCAACGUCACCUUGCUGUACACGGACAACACAACGUCGACGGCCGAGGUCAGAGCGCAUGCAUUCUGGUGGUUCCUGGCAAUCCGACGCGGAGAAAUCACUUUCCCGUAUUUUUUCACGCACAAUGACACCAAUCACAACGCGUCUCAUAUCUACGAGCGGUCGGUGAUCCUCGAGCCGGGCAAGAGGCUGCAGGGGAUUGUUCUACCCGACACAACUAACACCACUACCGGUCGCCUCCAUCUGUUUUCCCUGUCGCUGUGGGAGACAAAGACUGCUGGGCUCCAGAUACAGCACGUACGGCCUACCCAAAAUACCGACGGCCAUGGGCGCCAGUUGGUCGAGGUCGUGGUAGACCACGCUGGAAGCGGCUGCAUCUCUAAUAUGGCUGUCGCAAUUGAAGGCCGUGGAAUCAAGACACCGACGCCUGCGAUUGUCAAGAGGCUCUGCUCCGGCGACCAAAAGAGGAUCCUGGUUGCUGUCAAGGGUACCGCAUCUGCCGCUACCGUAAAGGUCUCUCUUAAAGCUAGGAAGCAGCCUCUCAUCGAGGCAAGCUUCGACAAUGUGGAUUUCGGGCUACGCGAAUGGAAUAGCCAAUCCAAGAGCCUAGUCAAGCACGAAGCACCCGAGUGGUAUGAUGGCGCAAAAUUCGGCAUCUUCAUCCACUGGGGACCGUAUUCAGUUCCUGGAUGGGGCAAUUCCACGCCCUACGAAAGCUACGCGGAAUGGUUCUGGUGGUACUCUACCAGGGUCAAAGAGCACGCCGCGGCAGACCGAUCGGGUUUCAACGCGUAUCGCCUUCGCACCUUUGGACCGGACCUCAACUAUGAUGACUUUUUUGAGAACUACACGGCUUCCAAGUACGAACCAAAAGAGUGGGUAAACCUUUUUGCCGACUCUGGGGCGAAAUACUUCGUCUUCACGACGAAGCAUCACGAUGGAUUCGCCAAUUUCGACACGGGAGCCAGCACUAACCGCUCGUCGCUGCACUACGGGCCACGCCGAGAUCUCCUUGGCGAGUUGUUCGAGGCUGCGAAAAAGUACCAACCGCAUUUGAAGCGCGGGACGUACUUUUCUUUGCCGGAAUGGUUCAACCCCGACUGGGGCAAGUACGGGUUCACUCAGUUCGAUCGGGUAACGUCCACGUCGCACCCCGGCAUUAUCGCGAGGAACCCAUACACAGGAAAGAACGAGCCUUACACCGGGCGUCUGCCGAUUGGAGACUUUAUCGGCGAUCUCAUGGUUCCUCAAAUGAAGACGCUCGCGUAUGAGUAUGACACCGACAUAAUGUGGUGCGAUGCCGGUGCCUCCAACGGCACCGAUGUCUUUGCCGCCGAGUGGUUCAACUGGGCGCGAUCGCAAGGCAGGCAAGUUGCCAUCAACGACCGAUGCGGAAGUCCAUGGGCCGCAGACUUCGACACACCCGAGUAUGCUACCUUUAGCGUUGCGCAGACUCGAAAGUGGGAGAGCAACCAAGGCAUGGACCCGUUCAGCUACGGCUUCAAUCGCGCGACCAACGCGGACGAGUACAUGAACGCCACGACGCUGGUGCACAACCUGGUCGACAUUGUGAGCAAGAACGGAAACCUGCUGCUUAACGUUGGGCCGCGUCCGGACGGGACUAUCCACCAGAAAAUGAUGGACCACCUGCGCGAGGCCGGUACCUGGAUCAAUCGCCAUGGCGCGGCCAUCUUCAACACGACCUACUGGUACGUGACGCCGGAAGAGGGGGACCUGCGAUUUACACAGACAAACGACGCAUUUUACAUCCUAAGUCUGAAAGAGCCCGCCCAGGGCUCCAUGUCGAUUGAAUCCAAGGUUCCUAUUGUGGCUGGCGACAAGAUUACGGCCCUGGGGAUGGACAAGGAAAGAGACGUUGAAUGGAGCCUCUCUGACGCGGGCCAAUUGACAAUCGAGGUCACCGAAGAAAUGGUUGCUGCCGACAAGUUUUGCUGGGUCUUCCAGAUUAAAUACUCGAGUCGUUGUUAA